UAUCACUUUUGGUUGAUGAUUGAUAGACUUUUUCAUUUUUGUCAACCUUACCAUAUGUGAACACUACCUUUUUAUUCUUCUUCGAUUUCUUUAUACUAUUCCAUAAAAUUUUUAUUUCCAUCAUAUCCUAAGUUUCAUUUACUCUCAUAAUUUACACACACACACAAACAUACAUCAUAUUUAUGUUAUAAUUACUGAUUUUACCCAUUAAUCAACAAAAAAAAAAUGGGCAACUGUGUAACUUCUUCUGCUAAAGUAGAUGCCACUGUAACUACUGCUACUAUUAGCUCUCGAAAUUCUGGGAUUUCAAAGGUUGGUAGCAAAAUGAGUUCAUCUUCGGGUCCAUCAAGCAUGACAAUAUCAACUUAUAGUGGUGGAAGUAGUACUAUUGACAGUAUUAGUACACCAAGAUCAGAAGGAGAAAUAUUAUCAUCUUCAAAUUUGAAAUCCUUUACCUUUUUGGAAUUAAAAAAUGCCACUAGGAAUUUCCGACCCGAUAGUCUUCUUGGUGAAGGGGGAUUCGGGUACGUUUUCAAAGGUUGGAUUGAUGAGUCUACUCAUUUGCCCUCAAAACCUGGAUCUGGUAUGGUCAUUGCUGUCAAGAAACUUAAACCCGAGGGAUUUCAAGGUCACAAGGAAUGGCUGACGGAAGUGACAUAUCUUGGGCAGCUGCACCAUCCUAAUCUGGUGAAACUUAUUGGCUACUGCACAGAGGGUGAUAAUAAGCUCUUGGUUUACGAGUUCUUGCCUAAAGGAAGCUUGGAGAAUCAUCUAUUUAGACGGGGGCCUCAACCACUUCCAUGGGCAACAAGACUGAAAGUGGCAAUUGGUGCUGCCAGAGGCUUAGCUUUCCUUCAUGAUGCUAAAGACCAAGUCAUAUAUCGCGAUUUUAAAGCUUCUAACAUUCUUCUUGAUGCGGAAUUCAAUGCAAAACUUUCGGAUUUUGGUUUAGCAAAGGCAGGGCCAACAGGUGAUAGGACUCAUGUCUCAACUCAAGUAAUGGGUACACACGGGUACGCAGCACCAGAAUACAUUGCCACAGGUCGGUUAACUGCAAAGAGUGAUGUAUACAGUUUUGGGGUCGUCUUACUAGAACUACUCUCGGGCCGCCGUGCUGUUGAUAAAGAUAAGGUUGGUAUCGAGCAGGAUCUUGUUGAAUGGACAAAACCAUAUCUAGGAGACAAGCGGCGUUUGUUCAGGAUCAUGGACACUAAAUUGGAAGGACAAUAUCCUCAGAAGGCCGCCUACACAGCAGCCACACUUGCAUCACAAUGUCUUUUCAUAGAGCCUAAAACCAGACCUCGAAUGUCUGAAGUUUUAGCAAGUCUGGAAGAGCUUCAAGCUGCUAAAAAUGCAUCAAAAGAUCAUCGAACGGUGUCUAGUCCUGUUCCCAAAUCACCAGCAGGACAUCGACAACGUCGUCUGACACCCUCUGCAUCUCCGUUACCAACUCCACGACAAAGUACUAAAGUACGGUGAUAGACAAAUAAGUAUGUGCCACGUAAAGUUUUGUUGUUUGUAUGUAUAUGAUUUAUGUAUUCACUAUUUCACUGUGUAUCAGAAUCUUGUUAUUAUUACAAUAUAGGUAAGACAAGUCAUAUAUGCAAUCAAGGUUAACAAA